AUGUUACCUUUUCAAUUUACAGAUAUGGAUGGUACCAUAAAUCCUCAAACCGUGGCAAAUGCUUUCGUGACAAACUAUUAUAAGAUUCUAUCUGAUUCUCCCCAAAUUUCCUACAAGUUUUAUAAAGAGUCGAGCCUUCUAUCCUGGCCCGAUUUUGAUGGUAAUUUGGCCCCUGUCACGACGUUGAACGCAAUUAAUGAGAAGAUUAUGUCAUCUGUUUUCAAGAAUUUCACAGUUGAGAUGAAUACUGUAGAUGCUCAGGCCUCUCAAGAUGGAGGGAUUAUUAUUGCAGUAACUGGUUCUUUGAUUAAGGAUGGUCAAGUGACUAAUAUUUUCUUUCAGACCUUCUUUUUGGCCAAGCAAGAGAAGGGCUUCUUCGUGUUGAACGACAAUCUUCGGAUUUUUGAUUCAUUUGAGUCCAUGACCAAUGCUGCUGCUAAUCCUCUUGCCGUGCAGACCUCUGGUAAUGUAUCUGAUAGCUCUAAAUCCCCGCCAACCGAAAAAGCUGCUGUCAAGAAAGCCCUCGAUAAUUCCCUCGACCAAUUUUCUGUGCAAGUUGCCGAUAUGGGCGAAACCAUAACUCCUCAAAUCGUGGCAGAUUCUUUUGUGCUACGCUAUUAUAAGAUCCUCUCUGAUUCUCCCCAAUAUUCCUAUAAGUUUUAUAAUGAGUCGAGCCUUCUAUCCUGGCCUGAUUUUGAUGGUAAUUUGGCCCCUGUCACAACGUUGAACGCAAUUAAUGAGAAGAUUAUGUCAUCUGAUUUCAAGAAUUUCACGAUGGAGAUCAAUACUGUUGAUGCUCAGGCCUCUCAAGAUGGAGGGUUUAUUGUAGCAGUAACUGGUUCUUUGAUUGAGGAUGACGAAGUGACUAAUAUCUUCUUUCAGACCUUCUUUUUGGCCAAGCAAGAGAAUGGCUUCUUUGUGUUGAAUGACAAUCUUCGGAUUUUUGAUUCAUUUGGGUCCAUGACCAAUGCUGCUGCUAAUCCUCUUCCCUUGCAAACCUCUGAAGGAGGCAAUGUAUCUGAUAGCUCUAAAUCCCCGCCAACAGAAAAAGCUGAAAUCAAGGAAGCCCUCGAUAAUUCUGUUGUUCCUAAGGACUCUGUUGCAAAAAGCUCUUCAUCAUUAUCUCCUGUUACUUCAGAUGAAAAGGCAGUUCCAAAGGUGCCUUCAAUUGUUGUACCAGCUUCAAAUGCAAGCACAACUCCAAAGGUGCCUUCAAUAGUUGUAGCCGUCUCAAAUGCAAACAUGCCUCCGAAACUCUCUUAUGCUUCCAUGGUGGCGAAAGAUGCCCCUAUAACGUCCCCAAAAUCUGCUACACCGAAGUCUGCAGUGGUCACUCCAAGUCCAAAAGCUCCUCUCAAGAAUGGCAUCCCAAAAUCUUCGAGCAAAAUCGUGUCUAAAUCACCAACAGCUGGGAAAAGUGAACCCGAAACAAAAACCCCACCAGAAGCCAAAGGAGUAUUUGUUGGAAGCUUGCCGUACGAGAUAACUGAAAAAGCUCUAAGGGACGCCUUGAAACAGUUUGGGCCUAUCAGAAAAUAUUCAGAUGCUGUCCAGAUUAGGAAACAUAACGAUGGUUUUUGUCUUGCAUUUGUUGAAUUCGAAUCUGCUGAUUCUGCUCGUCGUGCAGUCGAGGUUCAUCAUGUCAAAUUUGGCGAAAAGGAAGCCUAUAUUGCACAAAAGAGAUCUACCGCUACAGGUAGAGUUAGGUCCCCAACGAGGACUGGCUUUAGAAAUGGCAAUGGUAACAGGUCUGAUUAUGAGGUGGGCCGGGCCAGGUACUCUCAAGUGGGCCGAUCUUCCGGUCACGGGCCAAGGAGGACUAGUCGAGACCACCCAUCAAAUUGAUGAUGGUCACUUAUCUGAAGAGUAUGUUUUUUGGUAUAUUGAUAAAACUAAAUCUCAUUGAGAGGGCACAUGUAAUUUGUGGGCUUUGGGUAUUUGGGUCCAAUUUGAUGGUUAACUCUAACUUAAUGAGCCAACCAUGAUAAUCGGACGACCUCCUUUUAUUUUCUUCUUAUAAAUUUAUGAGAAUAGUGAUUUUUGGUAUGUGUUUUUUUUCGUAUUUUCGUAGUUCAUUUCGUCGUAUUGACCUAUUAUCGCUCAUUAUUUGAAGUAUAAGUUGUAUACUUGUAUACGUGUUUAGUUGUUUUUAGUCGAGUACGAUCGAAGGA